AUGAAAUUUUCUUCAUUAGUUGGAACUGUAAUUGCUUUAGCAAGUUCCGUAUCUGGGUUGACCAUUUCGGAACCAACAGUUCAGGAUGGUAUCAUCAAUUUAGGCCUUCAAAUUGGAGAUGAUUUAACUAUUAAUUCGGAUGCAUAUCUUACGAUUAUUAAUGCUCUCCUUUCAGCAAAUGUUGGAGUUGGUAGUAUUAAUAACAAUGGUGGAUUUUAUUUCAAGUAUGAUGGUGGUAUUGCUGCAGUUUCAGCCGCGGUAGCUACUGGUAACAUUGAUAAUGAAGGUACCAUCGUUUUCAGUUCAGAAACAGACAGUCUUGCAACUGUUUUGGGGUUAACUACAGCUCUUGGUACAUUCACAAACGGUGCAGAUGGUAAAAUAUAUUUUGAUUCACAAGAUGGUGUGGCCUCUGUCUAUGAAUUGGUGGGUGUAAAUGGAUGGGAGAAUGAUGGAUUAAUAUACAUGAGACAAUCCAACAACUUAGUUGGUACUGCACUUAUUAAUUCUGUUAAUAUUGGUGGAUUAUUAAGUGGGUCUAUACUUGAAGCAACAAAUGACGGCUCAAUUUGUUUAGAUAGCACUGCCUACACUCAACUCUUAUCUGUUCAAGGUGAUGGAUGUAUGACAGUUUUGAAUGGUGGGUCUAUUAACUCGUUGCUUGAUAUUGCUACAGGUGUUAUUGGCCUUGAUAAUGACAUCUAUCUCGCGGAUGGAAACUCUAAUCUUCAAAUCGGUCUUGGAAGUUUGAGUGUAGGUGUUAGUGGUGUUAUCGAUAUAGGAACUGCUCCUACUUAUAAUCUUUACGGAUUUGGUGGCGGAAACUCAUUACAGAUUUUAGGGCUUGGAGCUAUCGAUGGACUUAGUAAUAUUCCAUUAUUAGGACCUGUAUUAGAUCUAGUAUUAGCUCUAGUAAAGGGACUUGUGGGAAAUGUUAUUUUAGGACCAGUAAUUAGCUAUGAUAGCAGUACUCAAGUAUUGACUGUUGACAUCAAUGUUUUACCAGCAGUCAUAACUGCUGCUAAAACACUUAUUCCUCUUCUUCCAAGCAGUAUUAGACUUAUGAGCACUAAAUAUAAUCUUCAUGGUAACUACGAUAGUACUAUGUUUGAAGUUCAGGGUACAAAUAUUGUAUACAACGGAGAUGUACCAAGUCAACUGGUUCCCCAAGCUUGUUCUGUUUGUACCACAGUAACAAUCCCAGAUAUUCCAACAGAUGGUGCAACUAGUGAUUGUGCUGAAUGUACUGAAUACACUACUACCUUAACCACUACUGAUUCCGAUGGU